GAAAUCAGUCAUCAGUAAGAGAAAGUGGAUCAAAAUGUCGAAGAUGCCAAGUACCGACAACGUCUAACGGUUGCAUAGCGCGGAUAAACCCAGACCAUUGUUAUUCAGUGCUGUGGGACUUCCAUAGUGCUUCCGAACUGGCUCAUGCGUGCUGUAGCACACCUGCUGAGCGCAUUCACCCUCCGAAUAUGCUACCUCAUGUGGUUGAUGGCUCCUUGGUCUGCCUGGGUCUAUGUCGGUCAAACUCGCUCGCUUGAGCCACAGAUUCUCCAGAGAGGGCAAAUUAUAAUGUCAAGAGGGUACAUAAAGGCUUGGGUGGUCUGACGAACCUCUUCAGCUCUGAGUUGUCAUUUACGAUGAAGACGUUCUUUGCAUCUCUCGGUGUUGCAUUCGCACUCAGCGCACCUGCACUCUCUGUCUCCGUCUGGGGACAGUGUGGAGGAAUUGGAUACAGUGGAAGCACCGUUUGCGAUGCCGGAACGACCUGCACAGUACUCAACGAUUACUACUCUCAAUGCAUUCCAUCCACAGCUACCACUCCCGCUCCGCCCUCAACUACGUCGACUGCUCCCAGCUCCAGUGUAUGCGCUGGUACACGCACCAAGUUCAAAUACUUCGGUGUGAACGAAUCUGGUGCUGAGUUUGGUCAAACCACUAUCCCAGGAGUGCUCGGCACGGACUACACCUGGCCAUCUCCCUCCAGCAUCGACUACUUUAUGGGCCAAGGCUUCAACACCUUCCGUAUCCCAUUCUUGAUGGAGCGUCUGAGCCCACCCGCUACAGGUCUCACUGGACCAUUCGAUGCUACGUACUUGAGCGGUCUGAAGACUAUCAUCAGCUAUAUCACCGGCAAGGGUGGAUUCGCGCUGGUUGAUCCCCACAACUUCAUGAUCUACAACGGCGCUACGAUCACCAGCACUUCCGACUUCCAAACCUGGUGGAAGAAUCUCGCCAAUGAAUUUAAAACUGACAGCAAUGUCAUCUUCGACAUUCAGAACGAGCCACACGAUAUCCCCGCUCAAACCGUCUUCAAUCUGAUGCAAGCUGCAGUCAACGGUGUUCGUUCCAGCGGCGCCACCACUCAACUCAUUCUUGUCGAGGGUACGAGCUGGACAGGUGCCUGGACAUGGUCCACCUCUGGCAACAGUCAAGUCUUCGGUGCCAUCAAGGAUCCCAACAACAACGUCGCCAUCGAGAUGCACCAGUACCUUGACUCUGAUGGCUCAGGAACUUCACCCACUUGCGUCUCCCCGACCAUAGGCGCAGAGCGGCUCCAGGCAGCGACCCAAUGGUUGCAGCAGAACAACCUAAAGGGAUUCUUAGGAGAGAUUGGUACUGGUUCUAACGCUGCUUGCAUUUCCGCUCUCCAGGGUGCUUUCUGCGCAAUGCAACAAUCUGGUGUCUGGAUCGGCGCUCUCUGGUGGGCCGCUGGUCCUUGGUGGGGAAAUUACUUCCAAUCCAUCGAGCCCCCCACUGGUGCAGCUGUCCCACAGGUCCUCCCUCAGGCUCUCGUACCAUUCCUGUAAAAGAUGUCUCAUUGGGGUAGUAGUUUUCCAAUUGCGUAGACAAUGACGAUAUUCGUUUAUCAUCACGUCC